UUGUGUUGGUUUCGCGAAGAAGAGUUUAUCGUGAAUUUGGUUGUAAAUUUAGUAAUUACGAGUGGAAAAGAGUAAUAAUUCGUUUGUUAAUAACAUCCAGAACUUUUCGGCAAAAACGAUGGAUUCACUUAUGGAACCUACACUGUACACCAUCAAGGGAAUGUGCAUACUGGACAACGAUGGUAACCGGAUACUGGCCAAGUACUACGACAAAAACGUGUUUCCCACGGUGAAGGAACAGCGAGCGUACGAGAAGAACUUGUUCAACAAAACACACCGGGCGGAUGCGGAAAUUAUUAUGCUGGAUGGAUUGACCUGCGUGUACAAGAGCAAUGUGGAUCUGUUCUUCUACGUGAUGGGUAGCACACAGGAAAACGAGCUAAUACUACUGUCGGUGUUGAACUGCCUAUACGAUACGAUCACCAUGAUUCUGAAGAAAAACGUUGAAAAACGAGCGGUGCUGGAAAAUCUCGAUAUUGUGAUGCUAGCGUUCGAUGAAAUUUGUGAUGGAGGUAUUAUCCUGGAUGCCGACCCAUCGUCCGUAAUGAAGCGAGUCGAUCUACGAAACGAUGACAUUCCGAUCGGGGAACAAACCGUUGCCCAGGUUCUACAGUCGGCCAAAGAACAACUGAAAUGGUCAUUGCUGAAGUGAGAGCGGGCUUCGGAGUUUUUAUUUGCUUCCUUUUAUCCAUAUAAACCAAACACCGGCACCACUCGGGAAUAACGAAGCGGGAAUACUGUACGUUACUCUUUCCGGGCGUAUUGAAUCUUUUGUUUCGCGUGCUUAGGCCUGAUGGUUGUGCAUUCUUGUCCCAUCGUUGGCCACACAUUAAAGAAGGUUAUAAUUAUUCCGUUUCAUUUAAGCAGCGCAAUGCAAUAAGUUCUAAAGCAAAAGAUAAACGUUAAGGAAAAUGAAAUCAUACAACCAUAAGAACACAAAACUUGUAUCGGUUGGCCGUUUCGUAUCCGAAAUUUUGUAUUCUACAUUAUGCAAGUUCUUCAUCGCAGAAAAUAUUACAGUGCAAGGGAACUAAAGUGCGCUUUCACCGCGC